GGCGUCAAGACUAGCGGCUACCCAAGCCACUCCACUGCCACUCCCUACGACGGCAAGCACGAUGGCGGCUACCCAACCAAGUCCUCUGCUACCCCUUAUGCCGGUGAGCAUGACGGUGGCUACCCCAGCCAGUCUUCUGCUACCCCGUACGGUGCCAAGCACGACGGUGGCUACCCAAGCAAGCCCUCCGCGACCCCCUACCCCACUAAGUCUGCUUGCGUUGGAGACCAUUGCCACGACGAUGGCAAGAAGUCCUCCGUCGGCUACCCCGUCGGUACGCCUUCUGUCGGUUACCCCGUCGGUUCGUCUUCAGCUGGCUACCCCGUCGGUACACCCUCCGCUGGCUACCCAGUCGGUACACCCUCAGUCGGUUACCCAGUCGGCACAUCGUCUGUCGGUUACCCUGUUGGCACCCCAUCCGUAGGGUACCCUGCCAGCUCUAAGUCAGCUUGCAAUGGUUACGAUUGCCACGACGAGGGCAAGAAGUCCUCUGCUACUCCUUCCGCCGGCUACCCCGUUGGCACUCCUUCCGCCGGCUACCCCGUUGGCACUCCUUCCGUCGGCUACCCCGUUGGCACUUCAUCCGUCGGUUACCCAGUUGGCUCGUCCUCAGCUGGAUACCCUGUUGGUACGCCAUCGGUCGGCUACCCUGCUAGCUCCAAGCCCGCAUGCAAUGGAUACGACUGCCAUGGCGAG